GUAAAUACAGUUGUUUACUUACACUUUAUAAGAUAUUUAUGUUACAAUGUGACAAAAUAAAUUAUCUCGCGAAGUAUUGAUUUUUUUUUAUUAUUAUACUUAAUAUUUUUAUAUCUAAAAUAAUGAGGAAAAUCAACUUUCUUAAGAAAAAAGUGUUUCAUAAAAAAAAAAAAAAAUAAAUAAAUAAAUAAAUAAAAAAGAAAACGACCUCGAAAUAUCGAAAGCAGCUUCCCUAAAGGAAAAUGAUUUUUGCCGAUUACCGAUGCCGUCUCUUUGAAACAACUCUGAUCUGAAAAAUUGGUCUAUCGAACCCUUACCUCAGGAUCGAUCGGAAGCGGCAAUUUCCAGCGACUCACCCUGUAUAUAUACAUAGACAACGCGCCCGAGGGAUUCCCACGAGCCGAUUACGUUCGCCUGUCCUAAAAUAAAAGCGCGACCCGCUUCGGGAUGAAAUCCACGGAAGGUGAGUCCGCGCGCGCGGGUUAGGUCCUCGAUAUAUAUGUAUACGUACGAUAGGACCGCGCACGGUAGAAGGAGGCGCACAGGUAGAGCCUGGCGUCAACUGCUGGGGUUUGUGGUGGUUGAUAUCGACCCGGGUUCGUGUGGCGGCCUCAGGAUCGCAGGGCGCACGCCUGGACGUGGAGAAGGAGAGAGCUCGACGGACGCGACAGACGGAGAUAAAUAGACGAAGGAGAGUGGCGGCGCUAAGGGAGGGUGACGUGGAGUAUACCGCCGACGAUGUAUAUACGCGACCGUGGAGGAGGUAGGCCGUGCAGAAGAGGUAGUAGCUGUCCACCGGUAGUAGCAACCCGGCUGGCUGGAGCACCCGACACGCGGGUGCGGGUGCUGCGUCCUGAGAGAAGCUCUCUCGCGCGCGCGCGCGCGUGUGUGCGCGUGUAUGUGCGGGUGUGUGAAUCCUCCGGGUGUAUCGCAUCCUCCGGCUAAGGUAGUCUCCGCGAGCUCAAAGAUCCUGAACGCGGAAUAUCCCGCUCAAGGAUCUCUGGAUAUGUGUUCUCCAGGAGAAGACGGUGACAUCGUGCCAUGAUGAUCCGGCUCUACCGAUCUUCCUUGUAGAGAAGAAAGGGUGCGAAGGUGCGGAGAUGCGGUAGAGUGCGGUAUAGAGAUAGACGACGACCAAGACGACGGCGCCAUGUCGCAGCGACAGGAGACGACGACGAACGAGGAAUCCUACCUUAACUGCGGCAGACCGUCGAAUCUGUUCAAGACGAGCUUCAGCAGCGCCCGACUCGAGAAGCUGUACCGUGCCUCGUCUUUACAACAGCGUCGCGGCGGCCUCACGUGUUUUCUUAUGUCAGCGAUUCUGUACGGCGUCUACGCGGUCUCGACGCCGGGGAUCGAGCUGCUGCCUCGUACCGUCACCGCGGUGUUCCUUAGCUUGAACAUCGGCCUGCUGAUAUGGGCCGAGCGCGGCACCAAGGCGAGGAACUCGCUCUGGUCGGUGGUACCGUGCAUAGUCGGCCAGAUGUGGAUCGUCCACCUGCCCGCACAGCUGUUCCUCAAGUCCACCAAGGUCACGCCGAGGGACGGUCUAGGCUGGAUGUUGCUGUUGCUGUACCUGCUGUUCGCCAGUCUGCCGCUCAAGCUGUGCCGUUGCACGUUGCUCGCGAUCAGCAGCGUUCUCAUUUACUUCUUCGCCGUGAUCGGCCUCUCCAGCUCGACGUUGGAGGAUCUCAAAACGCAGCCCAUCGACGUUUUGAUCCUGACGGUGACACUCUUUGCCGGCGCCGCUAUUUUGGGUGCUUGCAGCUACUGCCUAGCCGAGUUCCAGCAACGCCGGGCGUUCCUGGAGACCAGGCAGAGCCUGGAGGUCCAGCUUAUGAUCGAGGAACAGAGCGCGGAGCAGGAGCGGCUGCUACUGAGCGUUUUGCCGGAACACGUCGCGGUCAAGAUGCGGCAGGACCUCGGCGCGUCCCUCGACACGCAAUUCAAGAAGAUCUACAUGUCCAGGCACGAGAACGUGUCGAUACUUUACGCCGACAUAGUCGGCUUCACCGCGAUCUCGUCGACCUACAGCGCCAGCGAGCUCGUCAAGAUACUCAACGAGCUGUUCGCGCGGUUCGAUCAGCUGAGCGAACGAUACGAGCAAAUGCGUAUCAAGAUCCUGGGGGAUUGUUACUACUGCAUAAGUGGUGCACCCGUGGAAAGGCCAGACCACGCGGUCCUUUGCGUGUACAUGGGUCUAUCCAUGGUGGAGGCAAUCAAGUACGUUCAACAGACGACAAACAGCCCUGUCGACAUGAGGGUGGGCAUUCAUACGGGGGCGGUGCUCGCCGGGGUCCUUGGCCAGAGGCAGUGGCAGUUUGACGUUUACAGCAAGGACGUCGAGCUGGCGAAUAAGAUGGAGAGCAGCGGAAGAGCUGGGAGGGUACACAUCUCGAACUCGACGUUGAGUUUCCUGAAUGGAGAAUUCGAGGUCGAGCCGGCGCACGGGGAGGACCGGGAGGAGGCACUCCAAAAGGCCGGCCUUGUCACUUACUUUAUAGUGAGGGCCUUGAAGCCGUUUAAGCCGGCGGUGACGAAGAGCCUCGCGUCGCUGGCCGACGCGGAGAACUCGCAGCGGAUGAUGGAGAACGCGCAAGACAGAGCCGACUAUAGCAAAGAGGACUCGGAGGAAUUUCAACAACGACUGAGAAAAAAGCUCGACAGUAGAGGUGGUGCUACCGACCUGAAAGGUCACGUCUCCUGGUUGACCCUACGGUUCAAGGAUCCGGGAGUGGAGACGGCGUUCCACGAAGCGUUGGAGGCCUUCUCGCCGCUGUCGCUCCUCGGCGGCCCUUUGGUGACGAUGUGCGCGGCCCCGGCCUGGAGGCUGCUGCCCUGGGGACCGUUCACGUGGGGCGGUGCCGGCGUGGUCGCCCUUUUCGGCAUCGUGCUGGCCGGGGCCACCUGUCUGGCCAGCGCCGUCAGAGCGACGUGGCUCAGAAGCACUCUCGCGCUUCUAAUGACCUUCUCCCUUAUCAUUUUUCUGCUAUUGGACAUGACCAACUGUGCGAUCAUCGACGACAUCGACCCACCAAGAAAUACCUCGCUAAGCUGGUCUCCGCGAUGUCCGUAUCCUUCGUAUUACUCGUACAUCGGCGUCCUCGCGUUGAUCGCCAUCUCGAUGCCGACGUACCUCUGUUACCUGACCAAGGCGUGCCUGAUGUACUUCCUUGCCGGCGCGCAAUCCUCCAUCAACGUUCUGUUUCUUGCCUCGAGCCUCGACAGGGAGGACGUGGCAUCGUCUGGACGACCGGUACCCUUCCUGAAAUAUUCGUUGGCAGCCACCCUCUUCAUCGUCGCGACCGCCCUAAUCAUCGUAGCGAGAUACGCUGAAAAGGCGCGAAGAAUGCUAUAUCUGCGGGGACGAGAAGUAAUGGCGCAGAGAGAACGGGCGACGGACAUGAAAAGGAGAAACGGCGCGCUGAUAUACAACAUUCUGCCGCCCCAUGUGGCCACCUACUUCCUGUCGGACGCAAGACACCACGACGAUCUCUACAGCCAGAGCUACGCCGAGGUGGGAGUGCUGUUCGCCAGCAUGCCGAAUUUCGCGGACUUCUACAGCGAGGAGAGCAUCAACAAUCAAGGCCUCGAGUGUCUCAGGUUCCUGAACGAGGUCAUCUCCGACUUCGACGCUAUACUCGAUCAGAAGAAAUUUAAGAAUAUCAUCAAGAUUAAGACGAUAGGGUCGACCUACAUGGCCGCCUCGGGAAUAACCGAGUCGACGCAAUCGGAGAACGGUCCUCGAUGGGAUCAUCUCGUCACCCUUGUAGAGUUCGCUCUGGAACUUAAAAAGGCUCUGUCGAGCAUCAACGAGCAGAGCUUCAAUCAUUUCGUUUUGAAAAUGGGCAUCAAUCAUGGCCCGGUAACCGCCGGGGUCAUCGGAGCGCGGAAACCCCAUUAUGACAUUUGGGGCAACACCGUCAAUGUCGCGUCGAGGAUGGAGAGCACAGGGAAGGUCGGCUGCAUCCAGGUUACUGACGAAACGCGAAGGAUAUUGGAACCGUUCGGUUUCGGAUUCGAGCAGCGGGGUCUCGUGUUCGUCAAGGGCAAGGGACAGCUCUUGACACAUUACCUAGUCUCCAAAGACGGCGUCUUUCUGGAUCUGGACAGUGAUCUGCCCGUGGAACCCACUCAUCCGAUAAUUUAUCAAUAAUAUAAUGAAGGCUCUAACUCAAACGAGGGAUCGUUGCAAACCUCUAUGGGAGGUAUCACGUUGAACGAUUGGAAAAACGUCCCAUUACAGUUUUCCUCGAGAUGUAUCAGAGAUUGGAUGCUUGGAAGAAAGGUCUGGUGUUCAAUCUGAAUGAUUCAUUCGCGUGGACAACGAACGGAGAAGAGAGACGAGUUGUAACUUAGACGACAUCUCUAUACGCCGAACGAAAUUUUCUUCAAGGACGUUCGGCGAGCUAAAUGUAUUGUCGUAGAGAACUCUCUAAAUGUUAGCGUUUUCUCGUGUCUCUCAGAGGCAGGAUAUUGUACGCGGAAGGAAGGACCUGAUCUGGCAGGAUCGAUGAUUAGAUCAUUUACAGUUGUCCUCAAGUGUCACCGUACGUCGCCAUAUCAUUCAUCGAUUAAUGUCAAGGGAGAGAAUACACAUACACAAAUAUACACACACACAUAUAUAUACAUACACGCACAGUCACGUUGAUUACUCGUUAUAUCAUAACGUUCGCACGCACACGUACAAACAAGGAUCACAUGUACGUGCGUACGUUUAGUGAGGGUGUGUCGAACUCGCGUACAGGGUAUAUUUGAAAAAAAAAGAAACCAAAGAAUAAUAGGUUUUAGUAGAGACAUACUACAGGCCGAAUAUGAAACGAUAUUUUGAUGUCGCCGUGUAAAUAGCAACAGAUCCAUAGGUAAGGAAACAAAGAUGUAAUAUUGUUAACAGAUGUAAUAUAAUAGCAGAUGGAUGUGUCUGUCGGAUGGAGCAUCGAGAAUCAGGAUAACGUAGAAAAGUAAUUCCUUUGUGUGCGAUGAAUCUCGCAGACCUAACUUCUUUCUCCAAAUUACACUAACGCAAGAGAAAAGAACUACUUGCCCGAUUCUGUCACAAUAUCAGGAUUAAUCUUGGAUCUUUAUUAGUACAGGUAAUCAUUUAAACAAAAAGGAACUCUCAUCUGUACCUCGAAAAUAGCUCUUCGCCGAGUUCCGUGGCCGAUUCACAACUCGUAUUCGCCUCGAUUGUGCUUUCAAGAGUGACAAUCGAUGGUGAACGACAUGAGAGAACCGUACGACGGAACAAAGUAUCGAACGGAAGUGAAUUUGACUCGUGAUAACUUUGUCGCUGCCGGAAAAGAGAGAAAGAGAGAGAGAGAGAGAGAACCUUGGGGAAAAGAUGAAGAUAGCAAAACAGGCACAAGGUUGCUCGUUCACCUCUUUUGGUUAUCGGCGAUCUUCGUACACGGCAUAAUUUUAUCGUUUAUCCGAUGACCCGAAAUCAGAGUGUGUCAGCGAAAUUUCUUGUCUGACAGUUUAGCAAGAAUUAUUCACGUUCACCUUCCGGAUACACGUCAUCUGUAGAGCGCACAGUUGAGAGAUAUAUCAGAGAAAGAGAGAGAGAGAGAGAGAGAGAGAGAGAGAGACAGUAAAUAUAAUUUAAUAAAAAUAAACAUCCGAGGAACUAUAAACGUUUGCCGUAUAAAAGAAACAAUAGAGAGAAGGAGAAACAAGCGGACAAAAUAAAAGGAAACACAAAAUCGCCGAUACGGUAAUAAUUUAUUUUUCUACAGUCGCCGAGAGAGUUUAUUACCAGACCAAGAACACUCGGGUACGUGCAACGUACACGAGGAAGCUUAAGGAAAUUUUCUACUAAUUCUUUCGUUAUGUACGACGGCACAGAUCCCGAUAUAAACACGAAGGUCUCUCCCUGCGCGUGUUCAGAAGGUAUUUUAUACAACCUUGCUCUUGAUAUCAGAUUCUUGUGUGACAAUUCGAAUAAACUGCAACGUGCUUGUUGCAAUUAGCGGCCAUGCCGGAUGUAGCGAGAGGGUUGCGCGAGAAAAAGAGAGAUGAGUGAGAGAGAGGGAGAGAACGAGACGAGAGACUGAAUGAAAAAAUAAAGACAAAAAAUAAGUAGGUAUCGGCCUAAGCGCAAGAGAAGCUAAGCAAAAGUCAAAACUAAAUCUCUUUGUUCAAUGAAAGAUAGAGAGAGAGAGAGAAAGAGAGGUUGAAAGAGAAGCGAUUUACUUCCAAAUCUCUUCAGAAAUUGCGUACUUCCAUUUCCAGCCGAUUUCUCGCCCUUAUAUUAUCACGCGUACACGAACACAAGAAACAUGCACACGCAUCGAUUGACAGACACACUGUGUCGUAUGUAGAUCAGAGAGUAUCUCUUGUAAGAUAGCAAUAAAUGGACUCUCUCUUUCGCGUAUACACAUAUGUACAAUUGCAUAUACUAAGUUUUCGAAGGAUCGAUCGGUAGAGAAGUCGGAAAACAUACGAUCGAUAUGUGUGACUUUUAAAAAGUCAUAGUAAAUCAAGAGAAAUUGAUAGAAACUCAUUUUCAAUAUUUAAUUCUCGAGAUUAGAGAUUAUAUUUGAGAAGAAUUUUUAUUUUUCUACAUUUAAUCAAGGAGUACACAGAGAUGUUAUUGCAUUGUAUAUAGAAAGAGAGAAGAAGAUACCUAAAUUAUUCAAUUAUUUUGUUCAAUUAAAUUUCAUCUUGCGGAUUGAAAUUUCUAUUAAUUUCUCAUGAUUCGUUUGCCUUUUGCGAAAACGUCAAACGAGCGGAUAGUAACACGUAAAAUGUGAGAUGCGCAAAAACGAUUCGCAUAUAAUCGUGUAUAGUCGUGUAAGGAGAAUAUAUCACUGUUGACAUGUUAGCACACUUUAAAUGUGAUGAGCGAAAAAAUUGGAGGGAAACAAAAACACCUGCCGUAAAAGACUUUUAACUUUCUAGAGCGACAGACAGGUGGUAUGUAAAAUUGCGCGAGAAACUCACCACUCUUGCGUCGACGAGAUAAUAAAUGGCAUCUAUGAGAACAUUGUAUUUUUUUCCAAAGAAACGCUCGCACUUUCAAAAUUUGUUCACAGAUGAUCCAAAGGAUCAUUAUUACACUUGUCCUUUUGCAUUCUGCGAAUUAUAUUUGUGUGCGGGACAUUCAAGGCGAGCUCCCGAUUGUUACCGUUUGAGAUGAGAUGAUUAGGCUUGAAGAAGAUUCGACCUAAUUCAUCUUAUUGUUAGAACUUAAAACGUUCAACAAGAUCUCAUGAUGGUUCAUUUUACGAAAAUAAUAUAGAAAAAUAAGCAUCAAAGGCUUGGCCUAAUAAGCGCUGGUUUUGGAAGUCGCAAAUAUAAUUUAGCACGAACUCGAGAAAUGAAAUAACAAUCAAGAAAAUAUAAAUAAUCUUCCCGCGAACUCGAAACGUUUUCUGGCUAUGAAUAAAAAAACCUGAGAAUUUUCUAUCAGCGUUUUGGAGCAGGACUUUGUCAACUUUCAAAUAACACAUUCAGCUGUUUCGCGACAGAGAUUCAAGUCCAUCUCUUAAGCGCAUUUAGGAUUAUACCAAUCAAAGAGAGGAGUAGCGGGGUGUUAGUGUUAAAUGAUAUUAAAUAUCUUUGUAAAUAAUUUUCGAAUUAGAAUUCUGUGAAUUUUGUGAAAGUAAAAUGAGAUUGAUGGAAGAAGAAGGUCUGGUUGACUACCUGCGGUUACGACGCCUAAAUCGAACCCCCCUUUGUAAUUUUCAAAUUGUUUAUAACUACAAUGUUACCACCGAUACACCAUGCGCCAUUAAGAUUAAAUUCCAAGAACAAAGAGGUAAGAUUAAAUUACGAGUAAGAUUAAGAAGA